GAGCCAAGCUGCGUUUCCAGGGUUGAGCAAAGGAAGUGGUACUCUGGCGGCCAGACUGCAGGACCUGAUUCACUGACGAAAUACCCGCCUGGUGAGAUUGGAUACAUCGUUGUAGGCACCGGAAAUAGAGAAGUCCCGAGAGCCAGGGCCUGGACAAACUCACCUCUCUGUGUGGUGUUCCUUGGCUGGAAUUCAGGCUCCUCCCUGCUGCCCUUGUACGCGUCUGGCUACUUCUGGCUGCACACAUUCGUCCUCCCUACCUUCUAGUUAUCAUAGAACCCACCACCUUCCACUUCCUGAGUAGACCCCAGGACUGGUGUGGCCUCCAGCUCAGACUAGCCCCCAUGGAUCCCCUCCAGAAAUGGGACUCAGCAUUGAUUUCUGGGUCUUCUCAAGUGACCAUUGUGGAGACCUCCCAGGAAGGCUCUGCAUCCUCUCACCUCAUCUCCUUAGAACAGCUGAGGUUGGACCUCAGUGGCCUGAGCACCAAUCCUGGCUCCAGCGCCCCUACACCUCUGGCAGAGGGGCUGCUCCAGAGGCAGUGCAUGGAGCAGAAUAACUUCCUGGAGCAGCACUGUGGACUCCUGGGUUUCCCUCAGAAGAAGAAAGCAUUCCUGGGACACUUGAGACGCAGGCGCCGAGAUCACAGGGCACCUUACCCAGUGGAAAAGGACAGCAGGAUCUUCCACUCAGGCAACAGAGCUCAGAGUUGGUUCCGAUGUGAAUGUCGGUAUUGCCAGGCCUGUGGGCAAAAUAUUAUUGGGGAAAGGGAUGGGGCCUCCAAUCCUUCCUCCUGGGAUACACUAGUGCAGGGACUUGGUGGCCUUACGCUCAGCCUGGGAGCUGAGAGAAGCAGCCUCCUGCCAGAGGAGGCGCAGCAGCAGCAGCAGCCUCACGGCUUAAAAUUUGAAUCUACACUGCCCCGUAAGGUAUCCUGUGAAGUAUACCCUGCCAGAGACGGCGUCCUGGGAGCUGAAACCAAACCAUGUUUGUGUCAGGCUGCCCUGUCAGGAGGGAACCCAGAGCUGCCUUUCUCCAAAAAUCUCCAUGUCUCCUGGCAACAGAAGCAGCCUGAGAACAGGCGAGUUUCUCAACUUCCAAGCUUGCUGCUAUCUCAUCCAGGGUCAAGAGUUAAGCUGAGCGUGACAGAAUUGUCUCCCAACUCCUUGGGAGAGUUCAUAUAA